AUGGGUUCUGUUGAUCCGGGGCAAAAGACCACUAUCCAUCCGGCAAAGCCGUGUUCCAGUGGUUCCUCCAGCGUUACCGCCGACAUGAGCGAACAAGCCACAGAACGACACGGUCAUGAGACACAUGAAGUUCAAUCCAUUCCCGACUUGAAUGAACUGGCGAGAAAAUCAACACACAAGUCCAACACCGGGCACGCACCUCUUUUCCCCGUUCAAGCCGGAACCCCGCUCGACCCCAACGACGAAAAGUUUGACGCUCGCGCAUGGGCCAAAGCAUAUUAUCGUUCUCGAAUGGCGGCUUCGGAUAGCAUCAGGCCUAGAACAGCAGGGCUCGCAUUUCGACAAUUGAACGUCUACGGAUUCAAUACUGCAGUUGAUUCACAGAAAACAGUAUCACAUGUUUUCCUGAACGCUUGGAACUAUACAAAGAAGAUGAUUGGUCAGAACAACAAACAAAAAGUCGACAUCUUGCGCGAUUUUGAAGGUGUUGUGCGUAAAGGCGAGAUGCUUUGUGUGCUUGGUCCGCCUGGAUCAGGCUGUUCCACGCUAUUGCGAACUAUCGCUGGAGAUACUUACGGAUUCCAGGUUGGUAAGGAGACAUAUCUCAAUUAUCAAGGAAUUCGAUCAGAACAGAUCAAGACCGCUUACCGAGGAGAGGCUAUCUAUACCGCUGAGACAGACUAUCACUUCCCUCAACUCUCAGUUGGUGAUACCUUAUAUUUUGCUGCUAUGGCAAGGUGUCCUCAUACUUUACCCGACAAGGCAUCUCGGCAUGAGUAUGCCGAACAUAUCCGAGAUGUGGCUAUGUCUAUGUUCGGCAUUAGCCAUACAAAGCACACUCGGGUAGGUAAUGACUUUGUUCGUGGUGUAAGUGGCGGAGAGAGAAAACGUGUAACUAUUGCAGAAGCUGCACUUGGCUAUGCUCCGCUUCAGUGCUGGGACAAUAGCACACGAGGUCUCGAUAGUGCGAAUGCCGUCGAGUUUUGCCGCACCCUACGCAUACAGUCCGAUAUCAUGGGCUUCACUUCUUGCGUAUCCAUUUACCAGGCCCCUCAAGCCGCCUAUGAGCUUUUCGACAAAGUGGUUGUCCUCUAUGAUGGACGCCAGAUCUUCUUCGGCAGAGCCGAUCAGGCACGAACCUAUUUUGAGAAUCUAGGGUUUGUCUGCCCUGAGCAACAGACCACUCCGGACUUCCUUACAUCCAUGACCAGUCCAAGCGAGAGAAUCAUCCAGCCUGGAAUGGAAGGAAAGACUCCUCGAACUGCGGACUGCUUCGCAAAGGCUUGGAAGGCCAGCGAAUAUCGCGCCAGAUUGAUUGACGAGAUCGAGCGAUAUGCAGACGAACAUCCUUUUGAUGGUUAUCAUCACCAGGAGUUCCUCGACUCUCGGAGGAUUGAUCAAUCCAAGAGACAGCGCCAUUACUCGCCUUUCAAUCUCUCUUAUUGGCAGCAGAUCUCCAUUAUAUUAUGGAGGAGUUGGGUAUUGUUACUUGGCGAUCCCUCUACUACACUCACAAUGCUUGUGUGCAAUGUUUUCGAAGCCCUCAUUAUUGCAAGCAUUUUCUACAAUCUUCCAGCCGAUACAACCAGUUUUUUCCGCAGGACUAUACUGCUCUUCUUUGUCGUUUUGAUGAACGCACUUGGAAGUAUCCUGGAGAUCAUCUCAUUAUACUCAAAGCGAAAGAUUGUCGGGAAACAUACGCGUUAUGCUUUCUAUCAUCCUAGUGCUGAGGCAUUAGCAAGUAUGAUCGCUGAUCUUCCUUACAAGCUGGUUAACUCUCUCCUGGUCAAUAUCACCAUAUACUUUAUGUGCAACCUAAACCGAGCACCGGGUCCGUUUUUCACCUUUAUGUUGUUUUCGAUCACACUCACUCUCACGAUAUCCAUGCUCUUUCGAUUCUUGGGUUCGAUUACCAAAAGUAUGGAUCAAGCUAUGGCGCCUUCAUCCGUUGUAUUACUGGCUUUGGUAAUCUACUCUGGCUUUGCUGUACCCCCAAGAUAUAUGCAGGUCUGGCUUGGCUGGUUGAGGUGGAUCAAUCCCGUCUAUUAUGGACUUGAGAGUAUCUUUUUGAACGAGUUUGCGGGCCGAAGAUUCCCGUGCUCAAAUUUUACUCCAUCUGGGCCUUCGUAUGAGUCUGUUUCCUCCCUCGAGAGGGUCUGCAAUUCAAUCGGCUCUGUGGCUGGCCAGACCUACGUUGAGGGCGCAGCGUACAUCGAGUCUUCAUUUGAUUUCAUCAAUUCGCACAAAUGGAGGAAUCUGGGCAUUCUUGUCGCUCUCAUGCUGUUCUUUAUGACACUCCACCUCGUGGCGGCGGAAUACAUUACCUCCGAACGAACAAAAGGCGAAGUUUUGAUAUAUCCGCGAUCGGCCAUCAAGGAGCGCAAGAAGCAACUAGCAACUGACCACGAAGUUGGUGGGAACGCAACGGCAUCGGAUGUUCGAGCUACCAGUGACACCAAAACAGAGGGUAGAACUGAGAUUGAAAAACAAACAGCGAUCUUCCAUUGGAAGGACGUUUCCUAUGAUAUCAAGGUCAAGGACGGUGAACGGCGGAUUCUGGACCGCGUGGAUGGUUGGGUGAAGCCCGGCACCUUGACUGCUCUGAUGGGUGUUUCUGGUGCCGGCAAGACUACGCUCCUGGAUGUCCUUGCCAGUAGGGUCACCCUAGGUGUUGUCACCGGCGACAUGCUGGUAGAUGGUCGUCAGCGAGACUCCUCCUUUCAACGGAAGACUGGUUAUGUACAACAGCAAGAUAUUCAUUCACCAACCUCGACUGUCCGGGAGGCCCUAGAAUUCAGCGCCCGUCUCCGACAACCACCGCAGUACAGCAAUGAUGAAAAGAUGGCCUACGUUGAUAAAGUGAUUGAUCUACUGGAUAUGGGAGUAUAUGCUGAUGCUGUUGUUGGUAUGCCAGGCGAGGGUCUCAAUGUUGAACAGCGAAAGCGGCUUACUAUUGGAGUUGAGCUGGCUGCACGGCCACAACUGCUGUUGUUCCUUGAUGAGCCCACUUCAGGGCUUGAUAGUCAAACUUCAUGGUCUAUCUGUGAUUUGAUGAGAAAGCUUACGAACAACGGUCAAGCUAUCCUUUGUACCAUCCACCAGCCUUCUGCCAUGCUGUUUCAGCGGUUUGACCGUCUCCUCCUUCUAGCAAGAGGUGGCAAAACGGUUUAUUUCGGCCCGAUAGGCAAGGAUGCAAGCACUCUCAUGCAUUACUUUACUCGCAAUGGAGGCCCAGAGAGACCAAGAGGAACCAAUCCAGCUGAACACAUGUUGGAGGUUAUCGGAGCCGCGCCCAGAUCCCACUCAGUCAUCGAUUGGCCUGGAGUCUGGCGCUCUUCACCUGAAUAUCUUGAAGUUCAGCAAGAGCUGAUGAACUUGAGUAAUGUCCAACAGAGCAAUGCCAUAGUGUCGCCAAACGACAGUAAAAGUGAUGGCCACUAUAACGACGAGUUUGCUGCCCCCCUCUUCAGUCAGUAUCGAAGUGUCACCAACCGCUUAUUCCAACAUUACUGGCGUAAUCCCGGGUAUAUUCUAUCCAAGUUUGUUCUCACGGCUGGCUCGGCUCUCUUCAUCGGUUUAUCCAUUAUCAACAGCGACAACACUAGUCGCGGUCUCCAGAACCAACUGUUUGCCGUUUUCUCUUUUCUAACAGUGUUUGCGCAAAUCGCCAACCAAAUUGGUCCAUUCUUCUGUGACCAGCGUACUCUGUACGAGGCCCGCGAGAGGCCCUCCAAAAUGUACUCCUGGAAGGCUUUUAUCCUUUCAAACCUCACCAUUGAGCUCGUGUGGAAUUCUGUUGCUUCUGUUUUUGCCUUUCUUUUUUGGUAUUUCCCUGUUGGCCUCUAUCGCAACGCUGAGUGGACCGGCCAGGUCCAUCAACGAGGCAUCACAACAUUCCUUCUAGUCUGGGCCUUUUUCCUGAUGGCUAGUACUUUUGAGCAUAUGCUGAUUGCAGGGCUUCCGAGUCCCGACCUUGCCGGUGGCAUUUUCAAUUUGUUUUUUAUCAUGAUGUUUGCCUUCUGUGGUGUCCUCGCCGGGCCGGUACAGCUGCCUGGGUUCUGGGUGUUCAUGUACCGGGUCAACCCUUUUACAUAUGUCGUCGAAGGAUUCCUUGGUACGACCCUGGCAAAUGCUCCAGUCACAUGCGCCUCGAACGAGAUUGUUACUUUUGAGCCUGCCGGUGGGCUGAGCUGCUCCGAUUACCUCUCUGAAUACCUGUCGAGCGCUGGAGGCUAUCUGGCGAAUGACUCCGGCAGCAGCACGGAGCAAUGCCAGUACUGUUCCUUGAAGGACACGAAUGAGUUCUUGGCCGGUAUCAACAUCGACUAUAACAAUCGUUGGAGGGAUUUUGGCUUCCUAUGGGCAUACAUCGCGUUCAACAUUGCCGGAGCUAUCUUCUUUUACUGGCUGGCCCGCGUACCUAAGGCAAGCAAGGUUAAGAAGGAAUAA